AUGGAUGCGAACACCAUCAUGACGUUAAUGACUAUGAAGACGACGAUCAGUGUGUUGGACAUCUACGCCUAUGGCGCUUGGGGCAUCCUUGCCUCUGUUGUUGUGUUCCUUGUUAUGUUAUUGUUUUGGCAACGUAACAGAUUUUUCUUCGCUCCAUCUCCGUCUCAAUCUCCGUCCUCUUCCUCUCUCGUCCCCACCGAUUCUAUUAUUUCAAAAUCCAGAACCUCAAAUUUUGUGACAGAUGCUGAUUUGAAAUUUUUAAUGGAGAUUUUGGAUGAGAAGCUCAAUGAGAGUGAUAAAUGGGAGGAAGUCCUAGAUAAAAGGAACCAUCAUCUAUGCUACCAUGUGAAAUGCUGCAAGCCUAAGAAUGGCCCCCUGAAAUAUUUGAGCAAGACUGUUUUCAAUGAUGUUUCAUCUGAGAUGCUAAGAAACUUCUACAUGGACAAUGAUUACAGAAAGCAGUGGGAUAAAACACUGGUUGAGCAUAAUCAACUGCAGGUAGACGAAUCUAAUGGUAUUGAAGUUGGUCAUACAAUUAAAAAGUUCCCUCUUUUGAAGCCUAGAGAAUAUGUACUAGCUUGGAAGCUGUGGGAGGGGACUGAUAAAACGUUUUACUGUUUUAUGAAGGAAUGUGAGCAUCCUUUGGCACCACGGCAGAGAAAAUACGUACGAGUUGAGUUUUUUAGAUCUGGCUGGCAAAUAAGAGAAGGUAGUGUCUUGAUUUAUUCCAAGAAUUUUUCAUUAAGCAACGAAUUUAUUUUUUGUGUCCCGGGAGGUGGGGGUUCUGCUUGGAAGUGGGAACUUAACUGUUCUUUUCUUUAA